AUGGAACACCAAGAUAGUUCGCCACCUAGAUUCAGGAACUCUGGCUCUAAUAGAGUCACUGUGUAUAACGGUACUACCCUGCCUACGAUGCCCAAGAGCGCCACACCAACAUCGAGCUCAACAACAGUUACUACGCAUUUGCAAAAUAUUAAGGAGGAGGAAACAAACGAUGACGAACUCACCCAAGUGGAUCGUUCAUCUCCUCGUGUUUUGGGGAGGAUCUCCUCUACGUCCUCAUCUUCAUCCAAUAUUGAUUUGCGCGAUAACUUGGACAUGUUACACGAAAUAGAAAAAUCAAAUACUAAUAUUUCUUUAUCAGCUCCUAAUUUGCAUGAGGAACUGGGCGUUCUCAGCGAUAAAGGUAACAGUAAAGAAGAAUUGGCUUUGUUACCACCUUUACCUCACACAGGAGAAAUGGAAAUCACUCCACAAUUUGAUAUCAACGAGGCUAUUUUUGAACGAGAUGACAUCAGCCACUCUUCAAGGCUAGAACCAGAUGACGUGUUAACAAAGUUAGCGAACUCUACUCGAGAUGCUACGGGUGAAGAUCAGGGGUUUGUUGUCAUGACUCAUGGCCACGAUGCGUCGACAAACGACGAUUCGCAAUUAAGCGCUACUAUUCUUGACAAUCAGACGUCAUUUGAUCUUUCUAAAGCUCUAGAGAUGACUAGCCAUUCAAAUAUUUCUAAUAUUAUUAAUAGUUCCGGUUCUGAGGGAAGACGUUCAAGGACACCGGUAAGCAAUUCCACUCUGAAACCAAAUUUAUCAUCUCCUGAAAGCGCAGAACGUGAAGCAAACACGACUUCGUCCUCCUCUACGUCGGAUCACGGGGCAACAAUGCAAUAUGAUCCCAAGAAAAUAAUAACUCCAAUUCCUGUUUUACCUUCCUCUGUCCGUGAACAGCAACAGAACAAUGCACCUUUGAGAGAAAGAAGCAGAUCUAAUUCUAGUGCACUGGCAUCUACACUGAGAGAUACGAUCAUUUCAGGACUGCCUCAAAAUAUUAAUUCUGUAGAAAGAAAGUUAUCAAGGAAGAGUAACAGGAGUAGGAAGAAUACGGUGACUUUUGAAGAUCGUCUUCAGAAAUUGCCACCCUUAAGCACCCAAAUUUCGAACCAGUACGCCAAGGUAGCACCAGCUGAGAACAAUAUCGCCUUACACUUUCAUAACUUACCUACACCAGUAUCAAACACUCAAACGCCUGUUACGUUUCAGUCUGAAUCCGGACUGACAGGGGGAGAAAAGAAAAUGCCUUUUUUGAGAAGAGCAUCUAGUGCCCUAUUAAGAAAGACAUCUGCCAAAAAUUGCUCCAAUUUAACCAGAACAAAUACACCUACUUUAUCGACAUCCUCAACAUUUGAGUCAGAUCUAAAUGCUCGGCAGCCCAUGCUAAUUCGACGAUCUUCCACUAUUGAUAAUAAACUACCUAGGAGGCAGCUUUCGUGCUCGAAGCUUUAUUCGCGCCUCAAUUCGGACAGCAAGUUUGCGAAUAGCAGUCGAGCUUCGGAGGAGGUCUUAGUGUCCACUCCAAAUGACACAGAACACGUCUACAGAAAGACAUCUCUAGGUUCUAAGAUAAAGAGAGGUUUUACUAGAAUAUUGAGCGACAGUAAUAAUAGUAAGGAAAUUCUCACUUUAUCACCCAAAUCUAUGGUGACUACGGGGCCUACAGAAUUGUCGUUUUCCUCUUUAUCAACCGUGGGAGGACAUCCGACAACGCCAGUCUCAAAAGAAAAUGAUCGAGUUUCAAUAGAUGGCGUGAGUACAUUUAAUCGAGCAUCAACAUCUCUUCCAGAAUCAUCAACAGACGACAUCUCUCCACUACGCGAAGAAGGUAAGAUUAAUGUUCCUAAAAGAACGUCAAGUAGAAAGAUACUGUCUAAAAAUUCAAGCAAAAAAAAUGUACUGCCUGAACAGCAAACAAAGCCAAGUGAAAUAUAUCUGGAUAAAGAAGCCUUACAAAGUUUUGUUCCCGUACUCUCUGUCACAGAGGGUACUCAUCGCAUCAAUCGCUCGUCGUUACAAACGCAAUCUACCAUCGGAUUAUGCAUUACCAAUUUAAGAAACAAAGAAGGCAUGAAGCUCAAUGCCAAGGAAUACGUGGAAAUCCUGGCUCAGCAGCAACGCAAGGAAGAUGAAAGGUAUGCUGUUUUGGAAAGAAAAUUUGCAUCUUGUAGAUGGUGCAGUGAUAAGGACCUGCAGUAUUUGAAAAAGAAACGAAUUUCCAUGAAUAAGAUAUGGUCUGAUUAUGUCCGAUUUUACCGUGGAAAGUUGAACAACCCAUGA